AUGAGACCUUCUCAAAUUCUUCGUUCCGGUGGUGAUGGAUGGAAUGGGUGGUUUGAGCGAUGGGGCAACGGCGUGGCGAUGAACUUCGGGAUGGCAUUGGAGCUAUGGGGGAAGAUUGAAAGAAGACAUAUGCUAAUGUUGAAUGCUUGCAGAUACCUAGGAGGAUGGGGAAAUUUUGGCUCCCAACCCCAGAAAGGCGUCAUAUCCUUCGGUCUCAGUGCCAACCGACAACGCCCUCUUGCUGGCACUCUUAACGCAGCCAUCUUCAACGUCUGGAGACGAUUCUCUCACCAAAUUCUCUACAUCGCUCCUCCUAUGAUCAUCGGUUACCUUGCCAUGGACUGGGCUAUUGAGAGAAAUGAGUACUUGAACUCCAAGCCAGGCCGUCUAGAAUAUGGUGAGGAAGAAUAG